CUACCGUCAGUUAGCUGCACAAGGAGUUUACAGUUAGCCAAAUUGAAGGGCUUCAAAACGUAGAACGACCUAAAUAAAAGCUCAAGUGAUUGUCACCGCAGCCAGCGGGUCAUGCGGCUCUGUAAAAGGUGAUGAGCCGUAAAGCCCCGGGGUCUCGGCUCAGCGGCGCCCAUAAACUGCAGCCACACUGGAAUGACUGGCAGUCCAGAUUUGAGAGGGUGUCAUCCAGUGAGGAUAGAGUGAAGUCCAGAGAGCUUGGUUCCACAACAUUGUAUGACCUGUUGCCCUCCAACUGCCCAGACCAGUCAGUGGUGCCAAGCGAUGGCUAUUCUGCAGAUAAUGCACACCAAGAAGAGGGUGGAUUUGAAGCAGGUCAAGGUUUUGGUGAUAAUACGUUUGGCUGGAAGUCAACUGGGCAAGAGUUGAGGCCCAAUGACGUGACAACGGAUUUGACUCCUUUUCAGCAUGGAAACCGUGCUUUGACUUCAAAGGACAUGAAGAAAUUGCAGGACAGGGGAAUGGCUCACUCGGAGGAGUCUCGGCUAGCCAACCUCCUCCGCCGAGUUUCCAGGGAAGAUGAUCGUGACCGUAGGCUUGCCACCCUCAAACAGCUAAGAGAAUUUAUUAGCCACGGGGAGAGCAAAGCGACCCUGAUCAAACAGAUGGACAACAUCCUCAGCACCUUGAACGACAUUUUGAAUGAAAGCAGUAAGCUACUGUGGGAGUUACGUCAGGAUGCUGCAGCCUGCCUUGGUCUCCUCUGCACAGUGCUCAGCUACGAGGCUGAGCGAAUCUUCAAAUGGCUCUUUCUAAAGUUUACUACAAGCAACCGUGAUGAGGUGAAGCUGUUGUAUCUGGUGGCAACACAGCGUGCUUUGGAGGCUGCUGGGGAAAGGAAGGCCUUCUCUCAUAUCAUGCAGCUGGUGAUGAGCAACCUGCAGUCCAUCCUGGAAAAUGUGGACACCCCAGAGCUGCUGUGUCAAAGUGUAAAAUGUAUUAUUCAGGUAGCUCGCUGUUAUCCCCAUGUAUUCAGCACAAACUUCAGGGACACAGUUGAUAUCUUGGUGGGUUGGCACAUUGACCACACACAGAAACAGUCGGUCACUCAGCAAGUUUCAGGCUGGUUACAGAGUCUGGAACAGUUCUGGGUGGCAGAUCUAACCUUCUCCACCACCCUGCUGGGGCAGUUCUUGGAGGAUAUGGAGGCAUAUGCAGAGGAUCUGAACCAUGUUGUGUCUGGUGAAGUGCUGGAUGAUGACAUCCCCCCUCCCUCAGUGUCUCUGCCGAAGCUGGCAGCUCUGCUGAGGGUCUUCAGCACAGUGGUCCGCAGCAUCGGAGAGAGAUUCAACCCAUUCAGAGGCCCACCCAUUACUGAGGUCUACGUCACUGAUGUUCUGAACCGGGUUUUGACUUGUGUUACCACUGCAAAGCAGGUCCAGUUCUCUGAGAUGGUUCUCACUGCUGGGAAUGAGUGUGUUGGUGUGUUGCUGGCUAGUGUUGAGCCCUGCGGUCAGCUGAUGGAGGCUGUCUUAGCCUAUGGCCUGGAUCAACUGGACUGCUGCCGGGCCUGUGGUUCUGACUACAAUGUUGCAGUGCUUAGCCUUCUUACUCUGAUUGUUGACCAGAUCAACACGAAGCUGCCUGUGACCUUUGUUGAGAAACUGUUGGCACCAGACUCUCAGCUGUUGAAGCUGCGUUUUCAUCGAGAGAAAGAGGUGAUGUCAGCUGUUCAUGGUGUGUACCAAGCACUACUUAGUUUGAAAAACAUACCAACACUGGAGGCCGCUUACAAAAUGGUGCUGGGUGAGAUGACGUGUGCCUUGUCAAGCCUGAUGGCAACCCUGAAACCCACUGGUAGGGCCCUGGAACCUGACGGCCUACCCAGAAGCAUUGAGCACCCUGCUUUUGCCCCUCUCACCCUUUCCCCAGAGAUUGCCCAGUUCAUCCUUAUCUUCAACCUCAGCACCCUUACCACCAUUGGAAACACAAAGAACUCUCUAAUUGGGGUAAUAUUGAAGAAGAUGCAAAAAGAUGAAGAUAGUAGCAAGAUGUGGGCAUUGUCUCCUACAGUCUUUUCUCUGCUCAGUCAAACUCUGAUGCUGGUCCACUCCGAGAUAGCAGUCCACUACCCUGCCAUCCAGUAUGCUGUCCUCUUCACCCUGUAUUCCCAUUGUACCAGACAUGAUCACUUCAUCUCAUCCAGCUUGUCGUCGUCUCCCUCCUUGUUUGAUGGGGCUGUCAUCAGCACUGUGACCACAGCAACAAAGAAACACUUCAGUACACUCCUAAGCCUUCUGGGAGGUCUUCUGGUGAAGGAGCACUUGUACCAGGAGGCCAGGAGGCUUCUGCUGACUUGGGCUCAGGAAAUCUCAGUUCUGAUGAAGAAGUCAGACACCUAUGGCCCUCUCUUCUCCUUGCCCUCUUUCCACAAGUUCUGUAGAGGCCUGUUGGCUAAUGCUUUGAAUGAAGAUCAAAGUGUCUGCCUUCAGACAUGCCACAGCUUACAGGUCCUCUCUUCAUCACUGUCCACCGAGCUGCAGCAGAGAUGUGUGGAUGUGUGCAGAGUCCAGUUGGUCCACUCAGCUGUUAAGGUGAGGCAGGCCUAUGGCAAGCUGCUCAGGACAAUCCCUCUUGAUGUGGCUUUGAGUAAUCACAGCCACCCUAAGAUGAGGGAGAUCUCAGUGGCCAUCCGUAACCAUAUGAGUCGAGGACCAAGCAGCACAUUUCAUCCACAGGAUUUCAGCGACCUCAUCAGCUUUAUCUUAUAUGGAGUUCUGCACCGAGGAGGCAAGGAUCCAUGGCUGGAGCGUCUUUACUAUAGCUGCCAGCGGCUGGAGAAACGGAAUGGCCGUGGAGGUGUUGAUGGCAGCAGGCUAGAUGUAGUACCACAUGCCCUGUUAAAAACUGAGACGGUGCUAUGGCAGUGGGCAGUGUGGGAGGCUGCACAGUUCACUGUUAUGUCCAAACUCAGAACACCAUUGGGCAGAGCGCAGGACACCUUCCAGACAAUUGAAGGUAUGAUCCGAAGCCUAGCUGCACACAGUCUGAACCCAGAACAGGAUGUUGGAGCUUGGACUGGUGCUGGAGGUGAUGGGGAUGGCCACCACUCCAAUCAGCUUCGUCUCACUCUGCUUCUUCAGUACCUGGAGAACCUGGAGAAACUCAUGUACAAUGCAUAUGAGGGCUGUGCAAAUGCUCUCACUGCACCUCCAAAGGGCAUCAGGACAUUCUUCUUUACAAACAGGCAAACAUGUCAAGACUGGCUGACAAGGAUCCGCCUGGCACUGAUGAGGGUUGGUCUCCUCUCUGGCCAACCUGCAGUAACUAUUCGUCAUGGCUUUGACCUGCUGUCAGAGAUUAAAAAUAGCAGCACCCAGGGACCAGAGCUCGAGGUCCCUUUGACAUUGCUGGCAGAGGCUUUGUGUGAACUGCGCUGUCCAGAAGCAAUCCAGGGUCUGUCAUCCUGGAGUCUCCUUUCUUCUGGCAGGAGUCUAAGUUGGCUGUCAUCAGUUGCAUUGCAAGCUGAAGGACGGUUUGAGAAGGCAUCUCUGGAGUAUCAAGACCAGCUGUCUGCAGUAACUGGGAUGGACUGUAGUAUCAAAAGCUCGGAAUACUUUCUACACCAAUUCUCCAGCAACACAAGUAGUCCCAAACACACCAGCAAUGGUGAUGUCAAGAAGACAGUGCUGCUGAAAUCCAGUGAGUGUCCUCCUGAGGUGAUCAACUUCCUAGCGAACAAGGCUUGCCAGUGUUACGUGGCACUUUGUGAUUGGGCAUCUGUUAAGGAGUGGCAGGCCACCAUCCAAGCUAUCAAACAGAACUCCACCAAUCCAGUCAGCAUCAACCUAAGGACAGAUAUCAACUACAUCCAAGCUCUGAGCUGCUUUGAAGAUGGAAAUCUGACUGAGUGUGGGGUUCAGCUGGAGCUGCUACCUGGUGAGGACUACAGCUCCCUAUCCAACAACAAGGACAAGCUGGAUCUUAAGAAGCUUCUUCCCUUCAUAAGUCCAGAUCCAACUGAGCUGCAGAGAGCUGUUGAGGUGCAACUCCUUCGCAGUGCUGUAAGUGCUAUGGAGAGAGCCAGUGAACAGCAACAACCAAAGACCACUUCCAGUCCAGAUAUAUUGGUGCGCUGCCUAAAACAGACAGGGCGUAUCUGUAUGGGUCCUCUUCGUCUGUGCACCCUCACGCUCUCUGAUUCCCUGCCCAGCCUCUCUACCUUGCAGCUUCACUGCACUGCCACCCUUGAGAACACACUCAGUGGACAGGAAGACUGUAUGAUUCCUCUGUCCAGUGAAGCUCUGAGCUCGUGUAAGCAACAGGAUGUCCAGCCUUUCCUUCAAGCUAUUAGAUACACCAUGUUCCAGAGGCAACUUCUCACUAAAGUCAAAGGUUACUCUUCUGCCAUUGAUGGCCACCUAAUAGAGCUUUGUCUGACUGCUGUCAAAUUUGCCCGGAAAAAAGGGAACAUUGCUCUGGCAUCACGCCUACUUGGCCAGUGCAGUGAUGGGACACAAGAAAAGGAACAGCAGGAUGGAUUGAGCCAGGCAUUUAGACAUCUCACCCUGGAGGGCACUGUGGGAGAGAAAUGGGGACCAGAGCUGCAGAUAGAAAAAGCCAAAGUCCUAAGAACUGCAGGUCAGUCCAUGAUAGCCAUGGAGAUGCUGAGCAGAGCUGCCCUGUCGUACAGCCAUUUGGGGAAGAAUGAAAGUGCAGCAUGCCGCUCACUGCUGACACUCUGCAAAUGGUUUCUGGCUGACUGGAAGGACUUGACCCCUCAACUUAAGCAGGCAGGCUCCCUUGUGUUAAAGAAGACAGGAGCAGUGAACGUGUUGAAUACAGUGGGUAGCAUGUCGCCUCUGGCCCAGAUCAUAUCUGCUCUGCUGGAGCUUCCUCUUGAGAUCCAGGGUAUUCCCCAAAUCAUUGCUGAAAUAUCAGUGAAUGUGGGAGUUGGAGAACCAGACUUUGUGUUGGGCCAACUCUAUCAGCUCUCAGUCAGCUUGGCCCCAGAGAUGGCUAAGGCCUGGGCAGCCCUGGCCAGUUGGGCUUACCGCUGGGGCAGGAAGGUGGUGGAUAAUGCUAGCCAAGGGGAAGGAUUACCUCUUCUUGUUGGGGAGAAGAAAGAGAUAGAGGAGCUGCUUCCAGCAACAACCAGUGAAAAAGACAAAGACACAAUCUUUAGCAUUCUCGGACAGGCAAUGUGUCGACCUACUGGGAUACAGGAUGAAGACAUGGCUCUACAGCAGGAAGAUGAUGAAGAUGACAUGGUAGACUUGAUCUGGCGUCACCUGACUGGCUCAUGCCCCUGGCUGGGGGAAGCAGGCCAGCCUGUCAUGGAUGGUCUUAUACGAGUCUGGAGACGUGUGAUUGACCGCAUAUUUGGCCUUUACCAGGUGUCCUGCCAAGCCUAUUUCACCUUCCUCAAGCUCAACGCUGGACAGGUCGCUAUAGAUGAGGAUGACCCCAAACUCUUGCUUUCAUAUAACAAUAGCAAACAGAGCAAUGAUGAUGUGAUUGUCAUGGCAACCCUACGUCUUCUCCGUCUGUUGGUGAAGCAUGCUGGUGAACUAAGGGAAAGCCUUGAGCUGGGCCUGGCCUCCACCCCAACAGCACCCUGGAGGGGUAUCAUCCCCCAGCUUUUUUCUCGUCUCAACCACCCAGAGGCAUACAUUCGACAGAGUAUAUGUAGCUUGCUUUGUCGAGUGGCUCAGGACUCCCCACAUCUCAUUCUCUACCCCGCAAUUGUGGGCUCACUCUCCCUUGGAGGAGAGGCUCAGAAUGCAGGGAAUAAAUUGCCUUCAGCUUUGCCUACCUUCUUGGGCAGCAUGCAGGGAGAGGGUUUGGACGGGGAAGGAGAGGAGCAGCUUGAAAACUGUGGACAAGGAGGCGCUUCAGAAGAGUUGGCUUCCUUCUGCUCCAGUCAGGACCAAGCCAUGAUGCAGGACUGCUACAGCAAGAUUGUGGAAAAACUGUCCUUUGCAAACCCUACGAUGGUGCUUCAGGUCCAGCAGCUAGUUGGUGAGCUGCGCAGAGUGACCUUACUGUGGGAUGAACUGUGGCUUGGUGUCUUACAACAGCAACACAUGCAUGUCCUGCGUAGAAUCCAACAGCUGGAGGAUGAAGUCAAAAGGGUGCAGAACAACAAUACUCUCCGCCGAGAUGAAAAGAUUGCCAUUAUGCGUGAGAAGCACUCUGCACUGAUGCGUCCUGUGGUUUUUGCCUUGGAUCACGUCUGCAGAAUUACAGCAGCUCCAGCAGAGACACCACAUGAAACAUGGUUCCAACAAAGCUAUGGUGAUGCCAUUACAUCUGCCCUAGAGCGACUGAGAAACCCCUCAAACCCUGCCAGCCCUGCUAGCAGCUGGCUUCCCUUCAAGCAGAUCAUGAUAAGCCUGCAGCAGCGGGCUCAGAAGCGAGCCAGCUAUCUGCUUCAUCUGGAUGAAAUAAGUCCUCGCCUAGUUUCAAUGACUUCAACAGAGAUGGCCCUGCCAGGCGAGGUGUCAGCAUCAGAUGCUGUCACCAUACAGAGUGUAGGCAACACCAUUACCAUCCUGCCAACCAAGACUAAGCCAAAGAAGCUCUUCUUUCUGGGCUCAGAUGGACACAACUACCCAUACCUUUUUAAAGGUCUUGAGGAUUUGCAUUUGGAUGAGCGCAUCAUGCAGUUUUUGUCCAUUGUGAACACCAUGUUUACCAAGAUCAACCAGCAGGAGCAGCCACGCUUCCACGCUCGCCACUACUCUGUCACCCCCCUUGGAACUCGAUCAGGACUAAUCCAGUGGGUGGAUGGAGCCACACCUCUCUUUGGCCUCUACAAGCGCUGGCAGCAGAGGGAGGCUGUGCUGCAGGCUCAGAAGGCCCAAGACUCAUUCCAACAGCAGUCAGUGCCUCCAGUGCCCCGCCCCAGUGAACUCUACUAUAGUCGUAUUGGGCCUGCUCUGAAAGCAGUGGGGCUUAGUCUAGAUGUGACACGACGAGACUGGCCACUUAGCGUCAUGAAGGAGGUGCUCAGAGAAUUAAUGGAAGCUACUCCUUCCAACUUGCUGGCCAAGGAGCUAUGGUGUUCCUGCACCACACCCAGUGAGUGGUGGGGGGUGACUCAGUCCUACGCAAGAUCCACUGCUGUCAUGUCGAUGGUGGGAUAUAUCAUUGGCCUUGGUGACCGUCACCUAGACAACGUGUUGAUUGAUAUGACCUCUGGAGAAGUGGUGCACAUUGACUACAAUGUGUGCUUUGAAAAAGGAAAAAGCCUGCGGGUGCCAGAGAAGGUCCCAUUCAGGAUGACUCAUAACAUUGAGACUGCACUAGGAGUCACUGGGGUGGAAGGCAUCUUUAGACUGUCCUGUGAACAGGUGGUUCAAAUGAUGCGCAGGGGCAGGGAGACCUUACUUACCCUGCUUGAGGCCUUCGUCUAUGAUCCUUUGGUAGACUGGACUGCUGGGGGUGAGGUGGGCUUUGCUGGUGCAGUGUAUGGAGGAGGAGGCCAACAGACUGACAGCAAGCAGAGCAAGAGGGAAAUGGAGAGAGAGAUCACACGCUCUCUCUUUUCUUCCAGGGUGGCUGAGAUCAAGGUAAACUGGUUUAAGAAUCGUGAUGAUAUGCUGACAGUGCUGCCACAAUUGGAGGAGGCUGUUGAGGAGUACUUGGUCCUGCAGGAGCUGCUCUGCCAGGGAGAGAAACUACAAACCAAGCUACAGGAAGAGAUGCAUUUUUUGGAGGGGGCAGAGAAUCAUCCUGACCAUUUAAUCCUUACCCUAGAGCAAAGGUACUCUGAAUACACCCAGCUACAGUCACGGCAACUGUCUAUGCAGGAGGCCAUUGAGAGUAAGGUGGCUGACCUAGACCAGUGGAUCUCCCAGUACCAGGCAGCAUUCUCCAACCUGGAGGCCACCCAGCUGGCCAGCCUUCUGCAAGACAUCAGCAGCUCCAUAGAUCUGGGGCCUCCUAGCUAUGUACCAGCUACAGCGUUCUUGCAGAAUGCAGGCCAGGCCCAUCUGAUAAGCCAAUGCGAGAGCUUGGAAGCAGAGAUGAGCUCCUUGCUGCAGCAGCGCCGCGGAUCCCUGCGUAGUUGUCUGGAGCAGCUGCACAGCUAUGCUACAGUGGCUUUGCUGUACCCAAGGUCUACCCUGCUGCUCCAUCGCACCCACCAGUGGAAAGUUUGGAUGGAGGAACUCCUUAGAGAUAUGACGAUGGAACACUGUCAACAAAUUUACAGACAAUAUGAGGUGCUCUUUGCUCCCCAGCCCCCUGUAGCCUUCUGCCAGUUCCUGUCGACUGUGGAGUUAACUUUGCAGCAUCAGCUGGCUGACACCAAUGAGUGUGUGAUACAACAGACAGAGCGACUCAAGGCUGAUGGCACAACUUUGGCCGCCUGCGAGGAGCAGCUACAUGAAAUUGAGCACUGUAUUACAGUGUUCCUUCGGGAAAAUGCAGAGUCUGGCUCACUCAGUAUGGCAUGCAUCAUCGCCUCUGCGCUCAUCACACUUUGCAGGCGAAACUUGGUAAUGGAGGGAGCAGCAGCUAGUGCUGGAGAGCAGCUGGUAGACCUGACAUCUCGGGAUGGCACAUGGUUCCUUGAGGAGCUCUGCAGUUUGAUUGGAAAUGUCAGUGCCUUAGCAACACUACUACAACGCUGCCCAGAUCUGGCCCAUGACCUGGAGCUGCCUGCUCCCUCAGCUACCACCCAGGCUGUGUACCUGGCCAGUGCUGUGUACACCUGCUUGCAGGAACUGAACACCAACUUCCGUCAAAUCAUCUACCCAGAGGCACUGCGCUCUAUGGUUAAAGCAGAGCCAACUCUGGAGUCUAUGUUGGCAGAGCUGGAGCAACUUGUGGAGCAAGGCUCUGAUGGUCUUGACCUCCAGGAUUUGGCUGACAGUCUGCUGGCUAGUGCAGGCCUGGAUCCUGAUAGUCACAACCACUACCUUCACAUAACUAGGAUGUUGCGUGCUCAGUACUCUGAACUGAUUCAGCCUCGCAGCAUGGAUGGACCAGAUCAGGAUACACCAAAGAUGUCUGCAGGUCAAAUGUUGUUGGUGGCCUUUGAUGGCAUGUUCACCCAGCUUGAAACUGCCUUUGCUCAGUUCACAGAGAAGCUUAAUUCUCUGGAGAUGCCAUCAACCUGGAGCAAAGUAGACGUUCUGAGUGAAGCCCGGGCCACACAGCUUCACAUCUUUGACUGCAUAAGUCAACGGCAGCUGAUGGAAGAUGUAUUCUUUCUUAAGAGACUGCAGACCAUCAGGGAUUUCUUCAGGCUUUGUUCUUCCUUUGCUCAGUCUCUUUCUGGUACCUGUCCACCAGCUGAAGACCUGUUACCUAUGAACGGACCAGUUGGUUUGGGGAAAGCACUUUACCGGCGUCCCAGUGCAGCAGGAACAGGUGUGACAGUGGCCAGUGAAGAGCAGAUGACCCGUCCUAUCAAGGUGUUCACAGCCGAGUUUGUUCAUCAAAUGCUCAUGGGUCUGCCCAGCCAAGCCCUUGGUCUGGCCCUCUGCAGCACCCUGUCUACCCUUAGCCUGGAUGUUGUUGCCCAGGUAGAGACAAAGGACUUUGGUGCUGAAAGCAAGGUUCCUCUGGAUGAACUUUGUAAAAAGGCAGUGGAGCAGAGCUUGGCAUCUGGCAGAGUUUCCCAGUUGCUGCUUAACAGAGCCACAGUGCUUGUCUCCUCCUAUGACACCGCCUGGAAAAAGGUAGACCUACUCAGAAGGCUGGAGGCCAACCUUGAGGCUGUCAAGGCCAGCCUACAGAGGAGCCAACUGCACAUUGCCAUGUUUCAGUGGUUGCAUGAGGAUGUUCUGGGCCCCAGUAGUCAGCCUCUAAGUGUUAGCAUUCCUCCUCGGUCUGUCAUUCUUGGCAACAUGAAAAAAAAGAUGUACAAGCUGAGUCAGGAUGAGGGAGCCAUAGUUGCCAUUCAGGAGAAGCUGGCUUCACUUGAGGCCAGCAUUGAGCAGCGUCUUAAGUGGGCUGGAGGAGCCAACCCAGCACUCGCCCCGGUCCUGCAGGAUUUUGAGAUGACUAUUAGGGAUAGGCGAGCCAUGGUUGCCAGAGAAAACCAACGCACAAGCCAGGUAACCUUCUUGUGCUCCACCAUCCUGAACUUUGAAAGCCUUCGGACACGUUCCCCUGAGGCACUUAACAUGGAUGCAUCACUGUUUGAACUGCUGAAACGCUGCCAACAGACCUGUUCCUAUGCUGCCCAAUUUAAUACCACAGUGUCUCCACUGGAGCUCCAGCUACUUCACAGACUGAGCCCAGUCCUGGACCUGCCAAUAGGAAGUCCCGAUUGGCUGUCCUGUGCCCAGAGGAGGCUGGAGGAGGAGUUGAGUGUUGAGCAAAGGACUCAGGAGGAGCGGGAGCAGCAGCUGGAGUCUUGCGGAGAGACAUUACAGCUACUAGUAGACUCAGUGAAGACUAUUCUUUCCAACCACAAUCGACAGUUGGCGGAUGUCAAACACCUGCUGAAAGCAAUGGCUAAGGAUGAAGAGUUGGCAUUGGCAGAUGGUGAAGAGGUGGCAUAUGAGGGCAGCAUGCGUCACUUCCUAAUGGAGUACAAAGCAUGGCAAGACAACAUCCAGCUAGCGUUAUUUACCCUGGUCCAAGCUAGUGGGCAGCCUCGGAACCAUGAGCAGCUUGAACUUCUGGAGGAGAUCCCUACUACCCUCAAGGAACUGCAGUCCCAAAGCCAGAGUGUCUACAACGGCCUGGUAGGCUUUGCUUCUCCAUUGGUGACAGACAGAGACAGUGAAUGCGCCAGUCCCCUGUCCACAGCACAAACGAGCUUUGCAGCAGCAGUAAGAUGCAGUGGGGUAAAAACCCAGCCCGACUCAAUGUCCCAAAAUGCACGCAAGACUCUGCAGCGUAACCUGGGAACACCAAAUGAUACCCCUCCGAACACUCUGGUGAUGAACAGCAAGCCCCUAAACCCCAGCCCAAAGAGGGCUGUACGAGACCCUAAAACAGGACGAGCUGUCCAGGAGAGGAACUCGUAUGCUGUUAGUGUGUGGAAGAGAGUGAAAGCCAAGCUGGAGGGAAGAGACAUUGACCCCAACAGGAGAAUGAGCGUUACAGAGCAGGUGGACUUUGUCAUCAAAGAGGCCACAAACAUGGACAACUUGGCCCAGUUAUAUGAAGGCUGGACUGCCUGGGUGUGAAUGCUAUGCUGGUUCAUGUCUAUGAUCCAAAGAAGGCUUGGAGAUCCACCAGAGGUCCAGUGGGUCUAGGGUGUCGCAACAGCAGCACCAGGUUACACUGGGGGAAGGAAAUGGAAAGCGGGUGCUUAGUCCACCCUGGCCAUCUCCUGGGGCAAGGACCUUGUGGUACCGCUGUAACCACACUCCCCCAACCACCAGCGAUUGGGCUAACACAUCGCGUUGUGGGCCCGCUGCCACGCAUUCCUUUAUGGGGUUUGACAAGGCAACGCAGUGCUGAGUGUGGGAAGGGGGUAAUGGGGGUUAAUGCCUCCUAGCCCUCAAUUCGGAAAUACUUUCUCCCUUCAUCUGCAUAGCUCUAUUUUAUCCAUGAACCCCACUUCGUCCUAUGAGGAAAUCUAACUCCACCAGAGGGAAGAUAGGCUCGAAGAGAGCAGUUCCCCUCUGAAGCAUAAAGCAUGUAUGUAGGCUUGUGGGUGGGACUUCAGUGGGACCAAAACUCAGAUGGAUGAUACAUUUGCAAGGCCACAUUUGUUUUCCUCUGAUCCUUCUCAGUGGUCUUAUGACUGAUGGACCUGUAGGUCACUCAGUUGGCAAGAAUAAUGAGAAUGAAGGAUUAACAGUAUCCUUUAGGCUACAUCUGCAUCCUACUGAAACCUUAGAAAUACAUUGAAAACAGUAGUCAAACUGUAAUUUGAUUGUUAUGCCUUACAUUUAAGACUGACAUCAGAUUUUAUGUCAGAUUUCCCAUAAUUGUGCUUUUGUGGGGAAAAAAACACAUCCUGUCAUAUAAAAUACUUUUGUAUUCCUCAUUUUGAGUGUAGAACAGACAAAAGUGAACUCAAUUUAAAGAUCACCUGUCUGCUUCUUUCUCUUCCACGUGUCUUGAGUCUAUGUUGUGAUUUGUUAGUUAUUUGUUGGAUACAGCUGUAGGAGUAGAUUUCUGCCUUUUUUGCCUUGCCUGACCGAUGUUGCUUGACUCAUAUGUAUUCACUCCACAGCCCCAGUUGUUGCAUUUUAUUAUUCUUGACCUUCAAAUUUUACAUUUUUAGUGGGAGAGAUUCAUUUUGGUGUUGGUGCAAAAUGCUACUUCUUAAUACUUUUAUUGAGCUUUGUUGUAUGCCAAAUAAAACAUGAAAAUUAAAA